UUACUUGGAAUUUAUGGUAUACGUUAGAAUACUGCGUAUGGCUUUCCGCCAACGACUAAUUACAAAUGAGAUGAAACUGAAAUCCCCAAAAACUCAGCUGGUAUAUUUAACGAAAACACGAAUUUUAGUUUAACUAAACCAAAAUCACCAGUUAAUAGAAUAAAAUGGAAAAUUAUGAUUGUGCAAGGGCAGAUAGUAUACUAAGCGAAAUAUUGGAGGAAAGAAAGUCACUUACUGGAUUUUUGGACGCAGUGUUUGGCUUUCUAAGUCGUAGGACAGAUUUUUAUCAUGAACAGAAAAGCAAAGAAGAAAAACUGGGAUUCCCACGAGGUAUAAAAGAAGAAAUACUUUUAAGUUGUAUGCAAAAGUAUGAGAAAUUAGAGGACCCUUUUGCCCAACAAUACGAAGCACCACCCGCUAUAGAAGAAGUGGAGAUUGAAACAGAUUGUUGCAGCAGCACAACGCCUGACAUUGAAAUGAAUGACAAGGUGGAAUUAGAAAAUCGAAAAUAUGAACCAAAUCUGGAGUUUUCAGAAUCUGACUAUAAAAAUGGGUCAAGAAUGGACAAAUAUUGUUGGUCACAAACGUUAAAAGAUGUUGAAUUAUCCAUAAUUCUUCCACCUGAAGUCAAAUCAGCAAAACAUGUUAAAUUGAAUUUAAAAUCGAAUUACAUUUCCGUAACAUCGCUCAUUGCACGGAAAGAGGAGUUGCUUGUGGGUGAGACAUGGUCUAAAUAUAAACACAACGAUGUUGUUUGGACUAUAGCCGAUGGAAAACUCAUAAUAAGUUUCGAUAAAGCGAAAGAAGGCUGGUGGGAUAAGCUUUUGCUGCAUGAACAGUGCAUUGAUAUAAAAAAGCUAGAUACAGAAAGACCAAUUGAGGAUUUCUCGAAUGAAACACAAAAAGUAAUCGAAAAAAUACAAUCACAACAAAUAAAUAGUAAUGAAUUUGCUGGUCCUCGGGAUCUCAAAAACUUACCAAUGUCCAAAAGCGAGCAAUUGGCUCGACUGAGACAAGCUUGGAAUUCAGAAAAUUCUCCGUUUAAGGGUCAGCCCUUUGAUCCAUCCGUUAUACAAUUCAGCUAAUGGGUAAAUUACAACAAAAUCAAUUUUAAGAGAUAAAUGUACAAAAUAAAUUAUAUCGAUAAUAAUAA